GGGGCAUACCUGGUGUCACUGUCAAACCCCUCAAAAUAUUUUUCUGUAUUUUUAAAAACAAUAAAGGUUUUCCUGUACCUUUAAAAACAGUGAAUGUGACUCCCCCAGGGGCAUAGGCAGGAUAUGAGGGGAUGACUCCAGCUGAGUUUUCUCUGCCUCCCCUGAGUGAGCGAGUGAGUGAGUGAGUGAGUGUUCCCACUGUUCUCUGCUCCCUCAUUUGGUGGUUUGCACAUAUUUUGAGCACACAAAAGGCUUGUUGACAGCCCCUUGUGAUGGGCUGAAGGAGUGCUCCAAACAGACCAGUUUCCAGGCAUGAUCCCUCAUUUUUACUGCUUGCAAAGCUGUCAUGGCCUGAAGAAACCUGCAGAAGAAAUGGCCUGGUUCCCACUUGGCCAGGCUCCCAAGCGUGACACUAAAGGUCAGUCAUUCCCUCCUGUGGAAUCCCGUUCCUCUUCUGCAUUCUAUUCUCUCCUUUUACCAGUCUACUAAUCUGAGAGAUCAUGUGGGGAGAGGCAAGAGAGGGUGGGGGAGGAGUGUGUGAUGUAACCUCUGCUCUGGCAAAGUUACGAGACAACACCACAGUGCCCACAGCUCACGGUGGGAUUUUGGUGGCUACCGCUGGGACACUUAAAUAAGAGGCAGGAAGAUCCAUGCCCAGGAGGUAUGAAGAUCUACCACAGCUGUGUGGGACCCAAUAGCUGUUGUACUCACCUCACUUGUGGAGAAGAAAGCUGAGCACAGUGUCUGCAGCUCCUUGGUUUGCUGCCUCUACAUGCACCCGGAGUGAGGCGACCAGUGGCUACAUCCCGAGGACACCCCUGAGGAAAGGGAUGCUCAGAGCCAGCUGCACUGCUGAGGUGAGUCUAUCCCUUCUUCCUGGGUUUUCCCCGACUGUUUGGGAGGGAGGGAAAGGAAGUGGAGUGAGCUGGAAUGUGUACGGAUUGUUUGAGGGCAUUUAACGGAAUGAAAUCCCUGCUGGAUUGACUCUGUGCCAGCUGAUAAUCACCGAGUAAUCUCAGUGCUGGCAGAUUCUGCUCGGAUUACAAGGGCAUGUGUCUGUGUGUCAGGAGGUGUAUGAGACCUGCUGGGCAUCUCGGGGGGUGUGUCAGAGAAACCAAAAAGGGGUUUGACUGCAAUGAUUGGCUGCAGGAGAGAAAUUUGGGCAAGUCUGUCACCUGUGUGUACAGGGGCAUAUUACAGUCAAGGGAGGAAGUCAAGGGAGAAAAUGUGCUUUUCUCAAUACGAGCAAGAGAUGAGACUGGGAGGAAGCUGGUCCUGUGUAUUUGCUAAUGGAGAGAACUGGAUCAGAUAACAUGAUCUGUUAAAAGUAACUGUAGUAAAGUGUUUUCUAGGUGAACUUCCAAGUGCCAUUGAAAAUGUCUCCCUGCUAAAGGAAAGAAGGGAAGAGGAGGAGCAUCAUUAUAUAUAACCUGUGAUGGCUUCAACCUGGCAGAAAACUCAGGAAUUCUACAACUGGGUUCUUGAAAGUGGAGAUCCAAGGACAGACCCAUGGCCACUGGUCUACUCUCCACUUCCAGUCACACUUAUCUUAGCCUCCUACCUCCUUGUCGUGGCACUGGGGCCCUUCUUCAUGCGGCAGCAGAGACCCCUGGAGCUCAGGGGCCUGCUGGUGGCCUACAAUCUAGCCAUGAUGGCAUUGUCAUGCUACAUGUUUUACGAGUUUUUGGUAACUUCAGUCUUGGGCAACUACAGCUACCUGUGCCAGCCAGUGGAUUACAGUCGGAGUGAACUAGGAAUGCGGCAGAUGGCAAAAGUGUGUUGGUGGUUCUUCUUCUCCAAAGUCAUCGAGCUGCUGGAUACGGUUUUCUUUAUUCUGCGCAAGAAACAAGAGCAGGUGACUUUCCUUCACGUGUACCAUCAUGGCACUAUGCUGUUCAACUGGUGGUCAGGGGUCAAAUAUGUGCCUGGAGGACAAGCCUUCUUUAUUGGGAUGCUGAACUCCUUUGUCCACAUCUUCAUGUAUGGCUAUUAUGCCCUGGCCAGCCUGGGACCACGGAUGCAUCGUUACCUGUGGUGGAAGCGCUACCUGACCAUCAUGCAGCUGUGCCAGUUUGUGGCCAUUGCUGCUCAUUCUUCCUACAACCUCUUCACAGAAUGCCCGUUCCCAGAUGGCUUCAACACUGCAGUCUUCCUCUACAUCCUCAGCCUCAUGGCUCUCUUCCUACACUUCUACUACCGGACCUACAUUAGGGGGAAGCAGAAGAAGCUCACUUAAAGAAAAUCAAAUAGGACACUGAGCAGAGGCUGAGGAACUUGCAC